AUGCACUGUCAGGAAGAUGUUAGCUGUGGUUGUUCGCGCUCAUUUGCACCUUCUUUAAACAAUCUACAACCAGUUGAGACUAGGCAGAAGACCAUUUUUACAAAAGGUAAGAUUGGCCAGACAAGUUCGAUGGUACCAUCUGCUGCCAGCCAAACAAACAGUCCAACAACAAAUUUCAAUGACAAUUUAACGGGAGCGAAACUGGAACAGAAUGAUAUAGAGCAAAAGCAUUUGUACGAUAACAAUAAAAUGGCCUGUCAAACGAUGAGUGAACCACGUACGGUUGCUAUUGAUCAGAGCGGCAUCGAGGUUUUGAAAAAGUUGAAAAAUAACGAGCACUUAUCUCGCCAUCAGUUGCCUCAGCAUCACAAGCAGCAGCAAGUCAAGCACGGCCAAGAAACGCAACAACAUAAAACGUUUCACCAGCAAAGUUAUAAUCAAAAGCAAAUGAGAUUCAAUCGCUACCAACAACAGCACCGACACAAUCACCCUGUAGUUACAAAUCCUCAGAAACUUUUCCCUUCUCAAGCACUACCUCGCAUUACUCAGCAUAUCAACAUCUCACAACCUAAUCAACUGCCGCCCAUUGACCCGGUUAUCACACAAACAACAACUACAACAACGGUCCUAGGUUAUGAAAAGAAAAAUAACAAACUUUUGAAACAAGAGUGUGAAAAUUUCGGUCAAAAACCAGCAUUGAAGCUUCCAAAAAUUUUCGGCCAAAAAAACAAAAUUUUUUCCAAUUUAACGCCAAGAGCGAUGCAUGUUGAUGACGUCAAAAGCACAAGCUCUGUUAAACGCUAUAGUCCUGAUAUAGGUAACUUAAAAUCGACAAGUGCUUCUCCGACAAAUCGACUGAAAUUGCCCCCAAUGACGUCAACAACAAGUCAGUCCCUGACACAAUCGACCUCACAAGCGUCGUUGCUGACUCCAGCCAGAAUUCAAGCCAUUCUGCAAAACGAUUUACUAAUGGUGGAUCAAUUGAAAGAAAAACACAGCGAGAUUGUAAACAGUUUGAAGUAUAUAGCUGAACAACAAAAACAGCAUCAAUCUCAAAUGUAUGGAAACUCACACCAAUGUCCCCACUUGAUAAAUGUGUGCCAGAACGCAAUUCCGGAAAAAAAUUGUGAAUCCUCUAGCGACACGAGUGAGAGCUCCAACAUCGAAUAUGGGGCGUGGGAGCAAGCAGGAGGGCAAGGUACAACUUAA